AUGCUUUAUUCCUUGCCUAGUGUUCCAAUGCCUUAUUCCUUGCCUAGUGUUCCAAUGCCUUAUUCCUUGCCUAGUGUUCCAAUGCCUUAUUCCUUGCCUAGUGUUCCAAUGCCUUAUUCCUUGCCUAGUGUUCCAAUGCCUUAUUUCUUGCCUAGUGUUCCAAUGCCUUAUUCCUUGCCUAGUGUUCCAAUGCCUUAUUCCUUGCCUAGUGUUCCAAUGCCUUAUUCCUUGCCUAGUGUUCCAAUGCCUUAUUCCUUGCCUAGUGUUCCAAUGCCUUAUUCCUUGCCUAGUGUUCCAAUGCCUUAUUCCUUGCCUAGUGUUCCAAUGCCUUAUUCCUUGCCUAGUGUUCCAAUGCCUUAUUCCUUGCCUAGUGUUCCAAUGCCUUAUUCCUUGCCUAGUGUUCCAAUGCCUUAUUCCUUGCCUGGUGUUCCAAUGCCUUAUUCCUUGCCUAGUGUUCCAAUGCUUUAUUCCUUGCCUAGUGUUCCAAUGCCUUAUUCCUUGCCUAGUGUUCCAAUGCCUUAUUCCUUGCCUAGUGUUCCAAUGCCUUAUUCCUUGCCUAUUGUUCCAAUGCCUUAUUCCUUGCCUAGUGUUCCAAUGCCUUAUUCCUUGCCUAGUGUUCCAAUGCCUUAUUCCUUGCCUAGUGUUCCAAUGCCUUAUUCCUUGCCUAGUGUUCCAAUGCCUUAUUCCUUGCCUAGUGUUCCAAUGCCUUAUUCCUUGCCUAGUGUUCCAAUGCCUUAUUCCUUGCCUAGUGUUCCAAUGCCUUAUUCCUUGCCUAGUGUUCCAAUGCCUUAUUCCUUGCCUAGUGUUCCAAUGCCUUAUUCCUUGCCUAGUGUUCCAAUGCCUUAUUCCUUGCCGAGUGUUCCAAUGCUAUUGGCUUUGUUAUCGGUUUUCUUUCAUUCAUUGUUGAAAUGGGAUGAUUUUGAAUUCCGUGUCUGCUAA